AUGAUCAGUGAUGGAUCCUUCAAGAACAAGUUAGAUACCGCAGCAGGCCAACUCUUGGUGAAGCAUGGAGGGUCAGAAAGAAUCAUCAUCCGGUGUCAGACCACCAGUUUGCCCCAGGAUCAGAGCCCAUACCACAGCAAAUUCAUCUGGCUGUUGGCAGGUAUCAUGGCGGUUGAUUGGCUCCUUAAGCAAUGGGCUCCAAACCUUUUGACAUGCCCCAAGGUGCGGAUUGCUUGCGACAGUCUCUCUGCCAUUGAGAUGGCUUUCAAAGAUCGCCCACUUUCCCCAACUGACACCCAGUUUGACUUGGUGUCAACCAUUUGGGAAGCUAUCCUCCGGUCCUCUGUGGAUUGGUGGCCCCAGCAUGUGUAUGACCAUCUCGACAAGUCCAAUAUCUUUGACAAAUUGUCUUGGUGGGAGAAACGGAACCUUGAGGUCAAUGGAAUGGCGGAGGAGCUUGAGGCGGCCAAUCAUCUCAUGAGCAUAACCGUCAAUCCUCGAUUCUUCACUGAACUUGCGGCAUUCACUGUCAAUGAGGGGAUUCGCUCACAGUUUGAUAUGGGUCCUGAUGACUUGCCUAGAGAAAUUCAACCAACGCUAACCAGCCGUCGAGGAGUCCUUCACAAGUCAUUGGUGGACAAAGAAGAGUGGCUUAAGUUGCUGUGUCAGGAGCGCAGAGAUUUCUGCCACUCCAUGAAAGCACAACGCUGCAGUCUGCAGACCAUUUUUUCCCCUGGACCCUGA